AUGGGAGAUCCCGAGGAUACCACUAGGCUGUCCAUGCUCAACGCAACACCUACAAAACUUCCUGGACCAGAGCUUCUGCACGACCUCGUCGGAGUCACAGCCAAUCACAACCGACCUGCAAUUGAUUUUCUCGGCGAGGAUGGGAAGCGACUCACCAUCCCCUACCAUGAUUUCGAGACUCUUUCAGAUCGUCUUGCUGAUCGCAUAUCCCAAGCAAUACUUGCACUUCCGGCGAGGCAUGCAGAACACCAACUUAUUAUUCCGCUUAUGAUACCCCAGUGUCCUGAUCUCUAUAUUACUCUCUAUGCUAUUCUUAAGUCCGGGGCUGCAUUCUGCCCUAUAAAUUUGGAUGCGCCCACUGAACGGAUCAAAUUCAUCCUCAAGGACAUCAAUGCAGACUUAAUUCUCACAAAUACAGCCCUCGUGCAACGCAUCUCAGCUGCAGGUUUAGAGGCUAAACUCAUAUGUGUCGACCAGGAAGAUUUUACUUCGACCUCAAUAGUCGAAGAUGCAGAACACCAUGGCGUUUGGAAAAGGCAGGCUAUGGCGCAUGACCUGGCGUACGUGAUGUAUACUUCAGGAUCAACUGGUACACCCAAAGGCGUGGGAAUUUCUCAUGGUGCAGCAGUCCAGAGUUUGCUUGCUCAUGAUAAACAUAUGCCGCCAUUCGCACGCUUUCUGCAGUUUGCUGCACCAACAUUUGAUGUUUCAGUUUUUGAAAUCUUCUUCCCGCUGUUCAAAGGAAAAACGUUGGUAUGCUGCGACCGCACAGAUCUAUUAUCCGAUCUUCCUGGUAUUAUCUGCAAGAUGGAUGUAGAUGCUUGUGAGUUGACACCGUCGGUGGCCGGCAGUCUUCUUAGGAGCAGAACUCUUGCACCUUGUCUUCAGCUCGUUCUUACCAUCGGCGAGAUGCUUACGGAACCGGUGGUCCACGAAUUUGGUGGAAAUGCUCAAACACCAAGCAUUCUCUGGGGCAUGUAUGGUCCAACAGAAGCUGCUAUUCAUUGCACGUUACAGCCAGCUUUUCAGAAGAAUGACUCCCCCAAGUGCAUCGGCAUACCUCUUGAUACUGUUUCCGCAUUUGUGAUAAAAAGCUCUGCCGAUAAUGCGAACGAGAAUGACUUCGAGGUUGUGCCUAUUGGCGAGGUUGGCGAACUUGUAAUUGGUGGGUAUCAACUGGCAGAUGGAUACCUCAACAGACCUGAGCAGACAGCGGCAUCUUUCAUCCAGACAAACUUCGGCCGCGUUUAUCGAACAGGUGAUAAAGCCAGAAUACUGUCUAAUGGAACAAUUGAGUGUCUGGGACGAGUCGCCGAGGGCCAAAUCAAGCUCAAUGGCCAACGUAUGGAAUUGGGCGAAAUAGAGCAUGUGAUCCUGCGCACAAAGGAUUGCCAUGGCGUCUAUGUCUGCGCCAUAUCAAACGUUCUUGUUGCGUUCGUGGCUGUCGAGAGUAUAGCGGAUAUGCACGAGAAGAUCACAGCUAACUGUAAGAAGUGGUUGCCUUCGUUCAUGGUUCCGUCUGAAAUCGUGGUCAUGCAAGAUUUUCCGCGUUUGCCAUCUGGAAAAGUCGAUCGGAUGCGGCUCAAAUCAGAAUACUCGAGAUCCUUGUUUCAAGACGAACAUCUGCAUGGCGAAACAAAAAGUUUGAAUGACCUCCAGAGAAUGCUUUGUAGUGUGGCUGGAGAUUUGCUUCACACAUCAGUGCAUAUCUCAUCAAGAUUAUCGUCCCUCGGCCUUGAUUCCUUGUCCGCUAUUCAACUAGCAACUCAGCUAAGGGGUCAAAAUAUUUACGUCACACCGUUGGAUAUCUUGGAUUCAGAAACAUUACAAGACUUACACAAACUCAUUCAGAGUCGGGAGAAUGAGCCAGCAAAGUCACGAGCGCUUGCCAACGGCCAUCAAGAGUACAGUCAAUCUGAACUGUUUGAGAAGCUGACCCAGACUGCGAGGCAUGAUGUAAACCUUGACUUAAUCGAGGCUGUUACUCAGUGCACAUCGCUGCAAACAUCGAUGCUAGUCGAGACAUUGAAAGAUCCAAGAUUAUAUGUCAACACAGUGGACGUUAGAUUGCCUCUCAAUGUACCCGCGUCAACUGUGGAAUCAUGGUUUUCAAAACUGGCCAUGAGCAACGAUAUAUUUCGAUCAGGCUUUGUUCAUAUUGAUGAUCAGAUUAUCCGGAUCGUGUGGCGACAAUUCUCUCAUGAUCAAGUUAUCAUAGUCGACGAAUUCUCGAAAUAUGAGAUAACUGACGCCGAUGCAUUUCUCGCCCACCCUCUGCAGGUGCAAAUCCACAGAUCGCUUUCCAGGGCAACAAUAACCGUACAUCACGCCAUCUACGAUGGCUGGACAAUCGACUUACUCCUUGACGAUUUGAAUGUGCUCGCACGUGGCGAAAGUCUUCCUGCAAGGCCCCAGUUUCACGAGAUUGCGCAGUAUCUUGACACUAGUCAAGCUGAAAGCGACAUCCCCAAAGAAUUCUGGGCGGAGCUCUUGCGAGGUGUUGGUGGUGCUGUGCUUCCGAAUUUCAGGUCAACUGCAAUUUAUGGCCGUGGCAUCGAAUUUGCAAAAUCCACGCUACAAGUUUCGUCGCAAGAAGUUCUGCAAGUGGCUCGCGCAUCAGGUGUUACGCCUCAAGCAAUAUUCCAGGCAUGUCUAGCUUGGCUGUGGAGUACCAUCACAGGUUCUGAGGAUGUCACCUUCGGAUCAGUUUUCUCUGGAAGAACUUUGCCCAUUCCAGGCAUUGAGCGAGUAAUGGGCCCUUGUCUAAGCACCCUCCCUGUGCGGGCAAAACUGGCCGAAAGCAGUUCUAUCCUGGAUCUGAUACGGAGUCUGCAUUUAUUGAACCGGCAAAUCAUGCAUGUGAGUCCGAUCAAACUGCCAGAUAUCAAAAGAGUUGCCGGUAUACCUCAGGGAAGCACAUUGUUUGACGUGCUUUUCGUCUACCAAGAAUCACUAUCCAGUCGGAGUAGAGGUGAAGAGGCGGUUGUGGAGCUUGAUCACAAAGAUCAUAUUGAAACGAAGCUAUUGCUUGAAGUCGAGCCGCAUGGCGAUAAUUACUCCUGUCGAUGGACAUAUCAUUCGGAUAGCUUCUCGCUACCUCAUGUGCAGGCAUUUGCUGAGCAAUUUUCACAUCUUUGUUCACACUUCUGCCAGCAAAUUGAGGCCCCCUUGAGAUCAGUGCGGUCUUCGUUCCCACCACUAAGCCUGUCCGCUUAUACAACAGGUUUCAAACAUCUCGAGACGUGCUCGAGUCUAGCACUUGCAAUAGAAAACCAAGCAGCUUUAGCACCAAAUGAGGAGGCUCUCUGCUUUGCUCAUUCGUUACUUUGUGACUCCGUCCAAACCGAGUCCCUCACUUAUCAGCAGCUCAACGAAAAAGCGAAUCAAAUUGCGGCAUUCCUGGUAGCGCGUAACAUUUCUCAAGGUGGAAUUAUUGCCAUCAUAAUGGAAAAGUCACCCUUAUUCUAUUGUGGUAUCCUAGGGAUUCUCAAGGCCGGGUGUGCCUAUCUUCCUCUGCUGCCUACCACACCCUUCAACAGAGUCAAAUCAGUACUAGAACAGUCGAAGCCGCAGGUGUGCUUCGUUGAAGAUCUGUCGUCAUGGAAUGAAAUUUCAGUCACGUGUCCUGUAGUCGAACUUCACAGUCGGCAGUUUGGUCAUCUCUCUCCAGUGAACUUGGACAUAUCCCAUGAUCCAACGCAGCCGGCCUACGUUAUCUUCACGAGUGGAACCACAGGUGUACCGAAAGGUGUCUCUGUGACUAACAAGAAUAUGCUCAGUAAUAUCAAAGCUCUCUCUCGAAUAUAUCCUCUUGAGGGCGAGAGACGGAUGCUCCAAGCCUGUUCUCAGGCUUUCGAUGUCUCAGUGUUUGAGAUAUUCUUUACGUGGGCUAAUGGGAUGUGUCUAUGCGCAGCUACUAACGACACGCUUUUCAACGACUUGGAAGAGUCUAUAAGACAGUUCCGAGUGACCCACCUUAGCAUGACGGUUACCGUCGCUUCGCUAGUUAACCCACAGAAUGUACCCAACGUGAGUUUCCUUGUCACGUCAGGAGAACCUAUGACAGAUGAGGUACUUAACAAAUGGGAGCGAGUCCUUUACCAAGGAUAUGGACCGUCCGAGACUACCAACAUAUGUACCGUCAGGAAGAUGCAACCGGGUGAUUCGUCGCAGUUCCUCGGUUGGCCGUUGGAAAACACAACCGCGUUCGUAUUAUACCCAGACUCAGACGAACUUGUGCCUACUGGGGGAAUUGGGGAACUCUGCUUUGGUGGUGACCAAGUAGCUGCUGGUUAUUUGAAUAUGCCAGAGUUGACAAACUCCAAGUUCUUCAAACACUCACUAUAUGGCAGGCUUUACCGCUCCGGGGAUAGAGGGCGAAUGCUACCUGAUGGGUCACUUAUCAUACUAGGCAGACUUGACUCACAGAUCAAACUUCGUGGCCAGCGAAUCGAACUACAAGAAAUCCAGUCAGUCGUGCUCGGAUCUGGUAUCGCAAAGGCCUGUGUGAGUACAGUGCUGGAACAUGAGAAUAUAAAGACCCAGCAGCUUGUCAUGUUCUACGUUCCAUCUUCUAUGGACAAACAGAAAUUUGAGUUACUGCCCCUCACAGCUGAAAGGAAGACAGAAACUCGGUUACUGUUCCAAACCCUUGAGGCUACCCUCCCGAGCUAUAUGGUACCAUCCUUCAUUUUACCAAUCGCAUGCUUACCUCUGACGUCGUCUGGAAAAACCAACACAGAGCACAUUCUUCAAUCAGCUACCCACCUAAAAUACGAUAUCUUGGACCAAUGCAGCAAACAUACCGACGACGAAGAGACGUCUAAUGAUUGGACGGAUACCGAGGUGCACGUCUUGGAAGCAUUAGUCGCUACACUGGAUGCCGAGAAGAGCACCAUUAGUCGCUGGACCUCUUUCACAACACUCGGCCUAGAUUCAAUAUCAGCGAUGCCUUUCUCGAGGAAGCUUCAGACAAUUUUUCAUCAAAAAGUACCAAUAUCCCAAGUACUUCAGAACCCUAGCAUCAGCCGUCUGGCCCGCGCGAUCAAACUUAACACCCCUGACCUUGACAGAGAUCGAUAUAGUUCACAAGCCCAGUUCAAGCUGCUUCCAGAUGAACUAGUCGAUAUUGUGAAGAAUCGUUUCCAAGCUCACAACAUACCCAUCGAAGCAAUACUGCCAUGCACGCCGCUACAAGCCUCAAUGCUGGUUUCGACGAUGUCAACUGGUGAUGGGUUAAGCUAUCGCAAUCAAAUGCUAUUCCGUAUCAAUUGCACGGGUGAAGAGAUUUUGGCGGCGUGGAAUCAGGUUUACUUGCGUCAUGGAAUCCUUAGAACCUGUUUCAUGUCGACAGAGGAUAUACAGCACCCGUUGGUGCAAAUUGUUCUUGAGCCGGAUGAGCUUCCAUGGAGUCGAAUACGAGUGUCAAACAUCGAGGAAGGCGCUGCCCAGCAUCUAGAAGCUUUAGAUCAGCCCUUGAACACGCUUAAGCCGCCGCUCACGUUAGCACUACUUACCACGGAUGAUCAACAGAGUUAUCUUUCGUUCGUCUGUCAUCAUGCAUUGUACGAUGGUGUGGCAGUGGAAAAGCUACUUUCAGAAGUCGAAAGUCUAGUUCGUGGACAGACCCUCCAGCAGGCUCCAUCGUUUCAACAUUUUCUCCGAGAGUCACUCGACUUGCCAAACGACACGGACGAAUUUUGGUCGAGACAUUUUGAAGGAUUUCAGCCCAGCCAUUUGCCUCAAAACACUAUUGUUAGCAAAGCAGUGAACAGAAACGAUGGAAUUAACGGGAUCAAUGGAACCAAUGGCACCAACAGCAUUAUUCAAUCAAAAACGAGAAAGUAUACAUUGCCGCUGUCAUCGUUGCAGGCAAAGCUCCGAACAAACGGGUUCUCUCUUCUAUCACUCUGUCAAGCAGCUUGGUUCGAAACUUUGGCAACUGUCAUGCAGUGUCCAGAUAUCUGUUUUGGUAACGUCUUCAGCGGGCGGUCGGUACCGCUUGGUGAUAUUGACAACCUCGUCGCACCAUGCUUCAACACAGUUCCCGUACGGCUCAGGCUGUCAAGAACUACGUCCAAACGAGAGAUAAUGAGGGAGUGUCAGAAAUUAAAUGCGAAGAUGCUACAAUACCAGUUCACCCCGUUACGAAGAAUAAGAUCUCAAUUACCCGUCGACGAUAUUCGUUUAUUUGAUACAUUGCUAUUACUUCAACCCCCUGCGAAACCUUUAGAUGAGUCAGUUUGGAUACUGGAGCGGGAUGUAGGAACGAUGGAUGUUCCGAUAGUUUGCGAAAUUACUCCUUGUCCUGAUACAGAUGAGUUGAAAAUAUCAUUGCAUAUAGAUGUAUACUCAUAUCACCAGUCAAUGGAAAGCGUCUUACGAGAUGUCUAUAUUCACGCCCUGGAGACUUAUUCGAGAUACCCAUCCUCCGAGAAAGAUUUAUUACACACACUGCCUAGUCACCUACAGUUACAGAUCGACCAGCUGGUGUCACUCAAAACCACAGAUCGGAAAUCUAGUCAAGGCCAUAUUAUACCGCUUGUUACUUCGAAAACGCCCUGGACUGAUGUUGAAGAGCAAGUCCGCCAUGUGGUUGCGAAGCUAGCUGGAAUUCCAGUGCAGCGCAUCGGAAAGACCACAUCAAUCUAUCGCUUGGGACUUGACAGUAUCAGUGUACUUCAAGUCGCAUCCCUGCUGCGACAGCGUGGCCUGAGUAUCUCACCAGUAGAUAUUCUUGAUAAGCCAACAUGCGCCGGUAUCGCAUCGCGCACCCAGUCUGUAGAUAGCCGCCCCUCGGCCCAGCAACUGCAAUACGACCUCGCUUCCUUUCAAGAUUCAGUGCGACGCCAAGUCGAACAUACGAAACUGACAACACACCUCGAGGCUUUGCUGCCGUGCACACCACUUCAGCAGGGCAUGUUGUCACAGUUUAUUCUAUCAGAAGGUGCAAACUAUUACAACUUUAUCAGCUGGAACUUAGAUCUUUCCACCGAUUGCGGAAGACUUCAGAAUGCCUGGAAUUCAUUGCAAGGCAGGCUUCAGAUACUACGCACUGGUUUCAUAUCGAUCCACCACCCGGACACAUCAUUUGCUAUGCUGACAUACGACUCCAAUUCCGCCAUCUCCUCUGUCAAGAGCCUCAAGAGAGAACAAGCUAAAAGUUUUCAUACUGAUGGCUGGCGACAUCAAUGUAUAUUGAAUGCCGUUCGAGACCUGACACAGCCACCAUGGCAAGUCGUCAUCUUAGAAGAUGACGGUUCCAAAACAAUGCACGUAGGAAUGCACCAUGCGCUGUAUGACGCUAUCUCGCUACAAGAAAUGCUUGAUGAGCUUUUAAAAAUCUAUGAAGGCAUUGAACUUCACCCACCCUUAUCGAUGGAAGCUGCGACAGUCUCAAUUCUUGGGCGUGUAGCCCAAACGCAAAGUGGAGCUGAGGAGUUCUGGAAGAAACAGGCAUCCAAAAUGGUAGUGAAUUCUUUCCCGACGUUGACUCCUCUACGAAUCGACGAGAGAAGGAGAAUAAGGUCGUCUAGACUCGUGAGUAGCUCACUCCAGCACUUGCGUCAGAAUGCAGCUACAGCUGGUGUCACUAUUCAAUCUGCACUACAGUCAGCAUGGACCCGGAUACUCGCAUCUUACCAUGGAGAUGCAGCAGUCACUUUUGGUGUUGUUCUGUCAGGCCGUACAGCAGUUGGACUUGACCAAGUCGUCUUUCCGUGCAUUACAACAUUGCCAGUGAUUGCACAGAAUGCUGACAGCAAUCGAGAACUUCUUCAAUCUAUGAUGGAAUAUAAUGCAACAUUGCGAAAAUACGAGCAUACGCCACUGACCCGUAUCCAACGAUGGACUGGAAAUUCCGAAUCGCCAAUAUUUGACACGAUUUUAGUUUAUCAAGGAACGAGUACUCCAGAAGGCAGUGGCCCGUGGCACAUAACGAGCGAAACAGCAACAGUCGAUUAUCCUAUUUCAAUUGAAGUUGAAGAAACACAAUUCGACAGUCUGCUGGUAAGCAUCGACUUCCGCCGCGAUAUUUUGCCCAUUGAGCAUGCAGAUUUGCUGUUGGCUCAAUUCGAUGCAAUUCUAGUUCACCUGCUUCAGUCGCCAGAUGCCUGCGCGGAUGAAUUAGUAUUCCAGAACCAGGAACUAUACUCCAUCACCCCGCCUGAGAACCGCGAACUGCCUACCAAUACCAAACUAUUACACGAGUUUGUGGAGGUUAUGGCAGACCAAUCUCCUGAUAGUUUGGCCCUCGAAUUUGUUUAUGAAAUGGGCGGAAGUAUGAACAGUCGGAAAUGGACAUAUCGUCAAUUGGAUGAUUGCGGUAAUCGCAUUGCCCACUUCUUGACCACGAAAGACAUCAGGCCCGGCGGCAUCGUGGCCGUCUGUUUUGACAAAUGCCCGGAAGCAUACUUUGCAAUCCUUGGAAUCCUCAAAGCAGGCUGCGCAUUUGUUGCACUCGACCCAAGUGCACCAUCUUCACGUCACCAGUUCAUUCUUGAAGAUUCAGCAGCACUUGCUCUAAUGGUCAAAGAAAGCAGCUUACCGGAUAUCGCGUUUACAUCUCCGUGCGUCGUGCUGGAAAUUGACGUUGAUGCGCUCGAAGCUUUCUCUGAGUCACAACUUGCUCGACUCGACAUCUCACCAAAUGACAACUGCUAUUGUUUGUACACUAGCGGUACAACCGGUACUCCAAAAGGGUGUCUCAUAACACACGACAAUGCUGUCCAAGCUAUGAUUGCUUUCCAAUAUUUAUUUGAAGGUCAUUGGGAUCGCGAGUCCAGGUGGUUACAAUUUGCCUCCUUUCACUUCGAUGUGUCCGUCUUAGAGCAGUACUGGUCAUGGUCAGUUGGCAUACCUGUAAUAUCGGCACCGCGAGACCUGAUAUUGAGCGACUUGAUCGCUACAAUCUCGGACCUUCAAAUUACACACAUCGAUCUCACACCGAGUCUUGCUCGCCUUGUGAACCCAGACGACGUCCCAAGCUUGUGUAAAGGCGUCUUCAUCACUGGAGGCGAGCAGCUUCGUCAGGAUAUCCUAGACGCUUGGGGAUCCAAAGGGGUGAUAUACAACGCCUACGGACCCACUGAAGCAACCAUUGGUGUCACAAUGUAUUGCAGAGUGCCAGAAAACGGCCGGUCAAGCAACAUUGGGAAGCAGUUCCCGAAUGUUGGGUCAUUUGUACUUCAGCCUGGAUCAGAUGUGCCUGUACUCAGAGGUGGUAUCGGCGAGCUUUGCGUGUCUGGUAAGUUGGUGGGCAAAGGCUAUCUGAAUCGUUCAGAACUUACUAGAGCACGCUUCCCAGUACUCGAUAGAUUCGGAGAACGAGUCUAUCGAACGGGUGAUCUUGUCAGAAUAUUGCACGACGGUUGCUUCGACUUCCUUGGCCGUGCAGACGACCAGGUCAAGCUUCGUGGUCAGCGCCUAGAAAUUGGCGAGGUCAACCAUGUCAUUAAAACUGGAGUCUCAAAAGUUCUCGACGUUGCGACUAUGGUUACCAAACACCGCGACCAAGAUAGAGAUGUCAUGGUAUCUUUCAUUGUCACAGAUACCAGCAGCAUUAACAAACGGGAUCUCUGCGUCGUCUCUGACGAUUCAAGUCUACGUUUGAGCCAAAAGGCACAAGAUGCUUGCCGUGCGAAACUGCCAAGCUACAUGAUACCAACUUACAUACUUUGUGUGCCAUAUAUUCCACUGUCCGCCAACAAUAAAGCGCAAACGUCGUUACUUAAGCAUCUGUUCAAUAGCAUGUCUCCCGAAGAUUUGAGGCGCGUUUCUUCUGGUCUAGAUCAUGGAAACGCAAAGCUUAGUAAAUCGCAGCCUGACCUCGCACGCAUUAUUGCUAAUGUCUUGCGGGUUAAUGAAGGCGAUAUUCUAGCAUCAACAACGAUAUUUGAGUUGGGAUUUGAUUCCAUCUCUGUCAUAGAGCUUGCUCGACAGCUGCGCACAGCCGGGUUUUCCGGUGCUGCACCCUCCAUCAUUCUUCAAAAUCCGCGGCUAGGAGCGAUGAGCAAGGUGCUACGGAAGACUUCUGCCCCGUUUGAACAAUCUGAAGUGCUGCGUAUCAAGCAAAGAGUAUCGGCUUGUUAUCAUCGGCACCUUGGCGCGGCAUGUCGCAAGUUCGAAGUAACCCAGGCUGACAUCGAGUAUAUCGCCCCCUGCACAAGUUUACAGGAGGGAAUGUUGACGCGCGCUUUAAGUACGGAGGAACGUGCAGCAUAUUUCAAUUGUUUCCAGCUUCAGCUUCUUCCCAACAUCUCAACAGAUCGCCUGAAAGAAGCGUGGGAAUACGUCGUGCGAGCAAAUGCUGUCCUUCGCACCGGGUUUCUACAAACCACCGAUGGUUAUGUACAGGUCGCUUUCAGAAAUCCCCUGCUCAGAUGGAAAGAAUUCCGGCUGGAGCAAGAUGAAGUUAGAAAGCACCUAGACCAAAGGUACCAAGAGUGGAAGAGAUCAAAUGAAUCGCUCUUCAGCACACCACUUGAGAUGGACUGUAUCCAAGUAGGCGAUAGGCACACACUAAUAUUCCGAAUCUUCCACGGAAUUUACGACGCCCGCAGUCUUGAUCUGAUUCUUCAACAAAUCAAGGCAUUCUACGAUGGUGUUGUACUGCCAGCAGGGCCAUCCUUCAUGGACGUCCUCCCUCACGGUCCUUUAUGCGACUAUAGUUCAACGAAAUCUUUCUGGCAAGAUAUCUUCUCAAAUUUCAGCUUCCGCCCAGUCGGGGUUCUCAAAUCUGAACCGUUACGAAACGAUGCUAUAUCAACGCGAUCAUUUGAUAUCAGAGCAUUGGAAGGAAGAAGAAUUGAAGAGGGAGUAACUCAGCAGACCAUGUUUCAGGCUGCUUGGUUGUCGGUCUUGCGGCAAUCCCUUGGAUUCUGGCCUUCAAUUGGUGUCUUAGUCUCCGGUCGAUCAAUGUUACUUGAUGGCAUUGAAAACACGAUUGGGCCAUUGUUCAACACACUGCCAUUUCGCAUCAAGAACACCGCGAUAAAUAACUGGCACUCUCUUCUGCAAGAGAUACACCACUUCAACGCAAUGACAACUUCGUUUGCGCACGUCCCACUGCGUCAAGUGCAGAAGUGGUGCUCCAACGGUCAACCACUAGUCGAUAACCUGUUUUCAUUCGCCCACGAAGACGAAGGAACCAUGGACAAGUACUCUCCCCUCUGGACGGACAUACACUCGACGUCAAUUGCAGAUUACCCUAUUGCAUUCGAAGGUAUAGCUACGAAAGACUACCACCUGAAUGUUACAAUAGUCGCAAAAUCUCAUAUAUUUGACGAAGUCGCCUUGAACGCUACACUUGACCAGUUCCAGUACAUAAUAGAUUGUAUUGCGUCUGACAGCGGGUUCGGUGAUCUACAGAGCAAGGACAUCGAGAAUCAUCAAUUGACGAAUGGAUUACCGCUUAUGACACGCUCUUCGGGCAGUCAGCGGCCGGGAGAUGUCGACUUGAUCUGGACCGAGCAAGGCCGAAAUGUUCAGAAAGAGAUUGCGGCACUGGCUGGUGUGACUAACGACCAAGUCAGUCAAAAUACGUCUCUUUUCGAGCUUGGACUUGAUAGCAUUGAUGUAGUCAAGCUUGUCGGUAGAUUAGGACGCAUUGGAAUCAGCCUCAAGACGAGUCAACUUAUGAGACAACCCACAGUUCGUGGUAUCAUGUCGGCCUAUGACUCUAGUCAAGUUCAAAACGGUAAAAAGUCGUCGUUGAAACAUCUUGAAAGCGAAGAAUCGCGUCUCAAGCGAUAUUUGCAUACGGUUGGAGUUGACCUAAGCGGUAUUGACACUGUGUUACCGCCUACUCCUUUACAGGAUUCAAUGAUGGCAGAAAUGGUUGUAUCAGAUUUCCAACUUUAUUUUAACCAUGAUGUCCUUGAACUUGCAGCCGACACUGACAUGCAAGUUCUGAAGUCUGCGAUUGAGACUGUUAUUCGAAAGUCGCCUAUUCUGAGAACGAGUUUUGUCCAGGUGGACGACCCACGAUUUCACCAUGCCUUCAUACAAGUUGUGGCCAAGAAGCUUGAUCCCUUCAAAGAAGCUGUAUCCGUCGCGAGUCUGGAAGAGACAACCACAAUUAUGGAACAUGCUCGCCAAACAGCUGUUAAUUCAAAAGGACAACAUGCUCUGCUCCAAUUGACGCCCGUCAUAAUGGCUGAGCGACACUAUAUGGUCCUGUCAAUCGCACAUCCGCUUUACGACGGCACGUCUCUUGGUCUCUUCCAUCAAGAUAUCCAAGCUGCAUAUGCCGGCGAAUACCACCAAAGAGAGUCUUAUACACCUACUCUGGCAAAUAUUCUUGAUAGUUCUUCGGAAUCUGCCGAAAACUUCUGGUCCAACUUUUUACAUGAUGCGCCUCCUACAAUCUUGCCCGAAAAGCAAAUUCAGAACGGCCGCUUAGUAAAUCACAUUCACAGGUUGGAUACUUCGUCACACUUGUUUACAUCUGAAAUCGGAUCAUUUUGCAAACGUCACGGUAUUACGAUACAGGUGCUCGGCCAAGCUUGUUGGUCAGCAGUUCUUUCCUCUCUGGCUCGAUCGCUCAAUGUCACGUUUGGUGUAAUUCUAUCCGGCAGGUCAACUGAAGACGAGGCAGACCUGAUGUUCCCAAUGAUGAACACAGUUCCCGUCACCACAGUGCUCCAUGGCACGAUCGCCGAGUAUCUUCAAUACAUGUGGGAGAACAUGACUAACAUCAGUGAAUACCAGUUCUUUCCGCUCAGAAAGGCGCAGAGAAUUGCUAUGACUGGUGGCGGGCCGCUUUUUAACACCCUCUUCAUCAUGCAGUCGCAGACGAGUAUAACCUUGGGAGAUUCUCCAACCAUAUGGAGGUCUGUAAAGUCCGAAUCCGAGGUAGAGUUCCCCAUCUGUGUGGAAAUGGAGCUGAGUGGUGAGGAAAUGGUCUGGAGGGUCGCAUGCCACGAGCAGUACGCCUCGGCGGGCGCGGCACAAAGCCUUGUCGAUCAACUCGACUCAGUGCUUGAAUACUUGAUGCGCAAUGAACAUGGACAACUCGUCGACUUUACCGGUAAUAAUGCUGUUUCCGUUUGCGGCUUGACCCCGUUCACUCUGAGAGAGGAUUUCAAAGAAACAACACCAGCUACCGAUUCAUCAUUGAGUGUUAAUGAUGGAUGGUCCGAGAAUGUGACACUAAUUAUUGGUGUCCUUGCAGAAGUGGGAGGAAUUGAUGCAUCGGCGAUAUCGCCCAGUCAGUCAAUCUACCACCUAGGACUUGAUUCUAUCAGCGCGAUAAAAGUUAGCUCAAUUCUACGCAAGCGUGGUAUAAUCGUGCCUGUCAGAGAUAUGAUCAAGGCAGCAACCAUCAGAGACAUCGCGAUUAAUGCCAAAGGGGCUCAGUCGGGCAAAGCCAACGACUCAAUUCCAACAACAACCGAGUCCUUGGAGCCAUUGAAAGGCUUUGAACUUGAACAGCUUAUUACGAAGAUCAACUUUACUGGCGCUGCCGUGGAAAGAGUCCUACCUGCAUUGCCAAUGCAAGUCCAUAUGCUGAGUGCCUGGCAGAACAGCGCAGGAGAUCUCUAUUUCUACCAAUUCUCAUAUGAGGUGACAGACGAUGUCUCAACUGAGACUAUCAGCAAAGCAUGGCGUAUACUUUUGGUCGAGGUUCCCAUUAUGAGGACUUAUCUCGUAGCAUCAAGCUCUUCGCAAAUACCAUUUGUUCAGGUUCUUAUCAAGCCGGAUCAGCUACAAACAGAACCGGAAAGACCUAAUACUACAACCAAGACAUGGAAUUUACGACUUGGUAGCACUCCGUUCGUCUCUUUAGAGGCUGUUAGGAAUAAUGAUGGCGUGAUUAAACUACAAUUCAAGAUUCAUCAUGCACUUUACGAUGGUGUGAGCCUACCACUCAUUGUCCGUCGCUUCGCAGCACUAUGUGGUGUUGGUGGUUCUGCAAUUCCCUUCGACUUGUCAGCAUGGGACAAGUUCAUCUUAGCGCACUACACCCACGGCACGAAGGAAAGAAGGCAAAUGUUCUGGAAGACAUAUUUGAAUGGCGCUACUCAACCUCGUCAUAACGCAAUUAGUACUGUACGUCAUGUUCGCACAGCCGAGUUUCAUCCCGCCGCCUUGGAUCUAACAAAGCUCAAAAACAUGGCAUCAGAAUCUGGCAUUAGUAUACAAGCUUUGUUCUUUGCAGCUUACGCCAACUGUUUGGUGAGCUUUGGUGAAGACAAACAUGUUUCCGCUGAGGAGCACGAUGUGGUCUUUGGAAUUUACCUUGCAAACAGAACUUCGUUCGACGAAGAAUUACAGGAUGCGCCUUGCCCAAUGCUCGCUAUCGUCCCCCUGAGAGUCAAGUUCAAUCAGGACGAGCGACUUGUGGAUAUAGCAAAGCGAGUUCAAGACGAUCUUAUAGCCAUAAGUUCCUUUGAACAUGCGUCUGUCGGCUUGUGGGAGAUUUCAGAAUGGACUGGAAUCAAGAUAGCCACAUUCGUGAACUUCCUCAGCCUGCCUGAGCAAUCUCCGGAUCAUGGAGCAGAUGGCGAAGCGAGGUUCCGGGAGACAACACCGACUAUGCCACAAGAGAGCCAUGGUUAUUUAGUACCUAAGGAAGGACUCGCAAAGCCUAGUGAUGAGUGGCUGUCAGACAACCGAGUAAAGGAAGCCUACAUUGAUGCAAUCGAUGUUGAGGCAGCUGUCCGGGGCAAUCGCAUGGAUAUUGGUGUAUUUGGUUCCUCGUCCAGUUUGUCUAAAGCUCAAGCGUCUGAAACGAUCCGUCGCAUCGUGAGGUUCUUAGAGGAUGCAUAG